AUGUCCACGAUCCCUGCGGAUGUGAAGCUGCCUCAGCGGUCUGGUACCGUGAGCAGCGCCUUCACUCGUCGUACUUCCAUGAGUGACGAUGAGGCUAUCCCCGAAACUGAUAGUAGUGAGACCACCAAUCUCCUGCUUGAGCGUCUCCGAGCCUGGAAGCAUAUGUGCGGAUAUCUCGAGGACUACUUCUCUGUCACUGCCAAAGUGCAGAAGUCCCAAUCCAAGGAUUAUGAGAAGAUCUUGAAGGCCGUGAACGAACCACUCAAGGAGGGGCACCACUUCAGCUCCAGCGCAGGCGGCGUGGCUGGUCUAUUUGAAAACCUCCGCAACAACACCCAGGGAAUGGUGACCAUGUACAUGGACGGCGAGAAGAAUCUCAAGAACGCCGUGCUCCCGACCCUCGAGCGUCUCCACAAAGAGAUCAAAAACAAGACCAAGGAGCUGAGCAGCGGUGCUAGCAAGGGAGCCAAGGCCGUCGAAAAGGCGCGCGGUCUAACCCAGAAGCACAUCGAGCUCCUAGGCCAGAACUCCGCUUCCUUCGACGCCGCCGCCUCCGGUAAAAUCGAGCAGCACCACGACCCCUACCUCCUCAAGCGCGGUAUCAACCACCGUCUAAACAACCAAGUAAACGAGGAGAACAAUCACCGCCAGGAUAUUCUCGCCGUGCAGAACUCCUUCCAGCAGUUCGAAGCACACGUCCUGCAAACCGUCCAAGGCACCCUGGAGCAAUUCCACCAGCACAUGGGCGGCCAACUCGAACGCCAGCGCGCCAUGUACGCCGACAUCCUCGGCACCGCCCAGCGCAUCCCACCGGACUUCGAAUGGAUCAACUUCUGCGUGCGCAACGACGCAACCCUAGUCAACCCAGACUCACCCCCACGCUCCUUCUCCAGCAUCACCUUCCCGAACAUGGACCACCGCUCCACACAGCCUCUCAUCGAGGGUUCUCUCGAGCGUCGCUCGCGCGCCGUCAUCAAGGGCUACAGCACGGGCUACUACGUCGUCUCGCCGGCACGUUAUCUGCACGAGUUCAAGGACAACGACGACUUCCGUCGCGACCCCGCCCCCGAGCUCUCGCUGUACCUGCCAGACUGCGUCGUCGGCGCCAUCGACGGCAUCAAGUUCAACGUGAAGGGCAAAGACGUCUCCAGCGGUAAAAUCGGAAACGCUUUCCACACAAACACCGAGCUCAGCUUCAAGGCUCACACCCCCAACGACGCUGAGAAGUGGUGGUCCGUUAUUAAGGAGGCUACCCGUGGCCCGGCGCUGGCUGCUGCUGCAACGACCCUCGCUUCUCCCACGGCCACCUCGCCUGCCGGCUCUACUAGCCCCUCCCGCAACGUGUCCGGCCAGGCACUGCCGCCCAGCUACGCCGAGGAGGAAAUGGAGAAGACCCAGGCUGCUCAGGCUACUGCUGCUUCCCCUGUUUCUGCUAGCCCGACUGCGGGAAUUACCCGCACGGCCAGCACGGCUAGCCACUUCCACACCUCGCCCGGCGGCUCCGCUGUGGAGAAGUCAUGA